CUCAACGGAAGUCCCCACUGCGGAUCAUGUCUGUGUCGUUGAAGUUCGGCCAAUGGUUCGGACUUUGGCACAAGAACAAUCCGAGCAAUCCAUGCUGGCAAGCUGUACUGAUCACCUGCUGUAUCCUGUUCUGGUACAUACUGCCUGGGUGUAUGUACAUCGUUCGCCGGGGAAAAACGCUCCAGAUUCUCCUGAAGCCAAUCCUCGAAGUUUUUGCCAUGUGCGUCAUUGUUCUCCGUUGCGUUUAUCAUAUGAUGAAUCGCAGGAUGCUUCAGGGAUGUUUCGCGGACCUUCAACGAGCCCUUUCCGCAUUUGAAGACUGCCCGUAUGAAGAUGUUCGACGAGUUGUACGGCACCUGCUUAAAUCGGCCGAUUAUCUCGUCAAGUUCUACGCAUCCAUCGUAGCCGUUCAGGCUACCCUUUACGGAUUAGUGCCUGCAGGUUUAAUCACUUUUCGGUAUUGCACGUCUAAUGAGACAAUGGAGCUGCCUUCAGCGGUGUUGGAAGCGGAGUGAGCCUUUACGUUGUUUUUUGUUCAGCGCAGCGUAGUGUCUAAACCCAUUCCCAUUCCUGCAGAUAUGUAGUGUUCGACCAUACCACCAACUACGGACGAUGGAUGUUGGCAACCGUCGUGUCCAUAACGGUUCAAUACCUUAUGUUGGGAACUGUUGCAGCCCAAGAGUGUCUUUUCUGGAAUCUGCUACAUCACAUAUCUUGUCUGUUCCGAAUAGUUCGCUUGGAAGUCGCCCGACUGGACCAAUACACCGAUCCAAAGCAGUUCACAGAACGGUUGGCAUGCAUUGUGUCAACGCAUGAGGUUUGCUUCAGAUGUGCUCGCUGCCUGGAAGAUGUACUGUAUCCUCUGUUGGCUCUGUGGUAUAGCACCUGUAUACUUCAAACUUGCUAUAUAAUGUUUGUCGUCACUGUGAUAGAUGACCUGGUCAUCAUUGCGUCAAUGGUAUUCGUUCUACAGUACACUGUAUUUCUGAUCUUUUCAUUCUCGAUGUUGGGGGCCGAACUCAUGGACGAGAGUGCCCGGGUAUCCGAUGCGAUAUAUAACACACACUGGCAUCUGCGAAUGGCUACCGAAAGACGUUUACUGCUUUUCAUGCUGAUGCGUUCGGAUCGACCGGUGGGCAUUACUGCGGCCAAAUUCUUCUAUCUGAACAGAUCGACAUUUGCUGUGGCAAUGAAAACAGCUUUUUCGUUCUUUACGAUAAUGCGGAGAUUCUAUGAAGAAGAAUAGGCAUUUUUCGUCUAUACUGAAAACAGAAUCGGAUAAGGCGGUUCAAUGAUGCAUUCUCGAUGAUAGAGGAACGUUAAUUUAGAAUUGAACAAUAAUAACCUUUCAAUAAUAAA